AUGGCCAAGUCGGCGUCUCUGCUGAUCCUCGCGGUCCUAGUGGCCGCGGCGUGCUUCGCCCAGCUGGGCUCGGCGGCGCGAGGUGUCCCGGCGGAGAAGCCCGUGGCCGCGGCGGCGGACGCGGUGAAGCGGCCGGAGACGUUCCAGGAGGCGACGGUGCUGAUCCCGGGGAUCGGGCGGUACGAGCUGGGCACCCACUACAGGCCGGACCUCGGCGGGCUGGACCACAGCAUCCCGGCCGCCGCCAACGGGCAGUUCCUCCCCGGCGCCGACGACACCUGGGUGCCCAACCCAGGCUUCGAGGUGCCCAACCCCUUCCGCCCCGGCUCCGAGUCUCCAUGAUCGAGCCGGCCAUCCAUCGAUCGGUAGCUAGCUAGCUAGCCUGCUAUAAAUCAUUUUCCUCUUAAUUAGCGUGUGUUUGCUACAAUAAAAUAGCUGCUACAUGGCCAUGCAUGUCGCAUGCAUGUAUCUGCGACUGCGUGCGCCGACGGCGUUUUGGUGUUUGAUUGAGUGUGUGUGUGUGUUUAUGGAGUAUGGGUGGAUGCAUA